CGAUCCUGACCUCCCUUGACUUUCCACCUCCGCAAUCCCCCCCCCCCGUCUCCCGCAAAAAUGGCCGCCGCUGUUGUCGCCAAUGGCCAUACCACCCCCUCUGCCGAUGUCGCCAAACAGCGCAGGCUAAUUCACCACCAUGCCGAUGUCGUGAUUGUGGGCGCUGGAAUACUGGGAUGUGCAUUGGCGGUGGCACUUGGAAGACAAGGGCGCAGCGUCCUACUGUUGGAGGCGUCCAUGAAGGAGCCUGACCGGAUCGUCGGAGAGUUGCUACAGCCUGGCGGUGUCGAGGCGCUUGGGAAAUUGGGUCUUGCCGAUUGUCUGGAAGACAUUGACGCCAUCCCAGCCAAGGGCUACUAUGUGUCGUACUUUGGGAAACCCGUCUCGUUCGCCUACCCCAAGCCCUCCCCGUCGUCGCCCGCCCCGCAAGGGCGUUGUUUCCACCAUGGCCGCUUCGUCAUGAAGCUGCGGGCUGCCGCGCUGGCCUGUCCCAACGUCACGGUCGUAGAGACCAAGGCCACCGACUUGGUCACUUGCUCCCACACCAAGCAGGUUCUUGGUGUCGAGUGCGUGACCGGCGACAUGAAGGAUUGCUACUUCGGCCAUCUGACGGUGGUGGCAGAUGGCUACGCCUCGAAAUUCCGCAAGCAAUACCACUCCAACACCCCUAAGGUCCGGUCCAGGUUCUGGGGCUUGGAGUUGAUCGAUGCAGACCUUCCCAUGCCUUACCAUGGCCACGUCCUCCUUAGCGACAAUGCCCCUAUCCUCGUCUACCAAAUUGGCACCCACGAAACCCGCAUCCUCAUCGACAUCCCUGAGAACCUCCCAUCGGCCUCCGUCAAGAACGGCGGUGUCAAGAACCACCUUCGCAACGUCGUUCUUCCGUCCCUUCCCGAAUCUAUUCGGCCUUCAUUCGUUGCUGCGUUGGACAAGGGUCAGCUGCGCUCUAUGCCAAACUCAUAUCUUCCUAGUGCGCCGAACAAGACUCCCGGUCUGGUCAUUCUGGGAGAUGCGCUCAACAUGCGGCAUCCGCUGACCGGUGGAGGAAUGACCGUCGCAUUCAAUGACGUUGUGGUCCUACGUGACUUGCUCAGUCCGGAGAAAGUCCCCACCCUCGCUAAUCAUGAGCAAGUCCUGCGACAGCUGUCCUCCUUCCACUGGCAACGGAAGAAAGCAUCCUCAGUCAUCAACAUCUUAGCGCAGGCUCUCUAUGCCCUGUUCGCUGCCAACGACGAAAAUUUGCGUGCUCUUCAACGAGGCUGCUUCCGUUACUUCGAGCUAGGAAUGACCAGCGGCCCCAUAGGUCUUCUAGGUGGGCUGAUUAAAAAGCCCGAUGUUCUGUUCUGGCAUUUCUUCAGUGUCGCCUUUCUCUCUCUCUGGCUCGUCAUCACCGAGCACCCCUUUUACAUGCUGCCUCUGGCCUUCCUGAAAUGCAUCAUGGUUUUCUGGACCGCUUGCGUUGUGAUUUUCCCCUACAUGCUGAUAGAGGCAUUCUGCUAAAGGGGAAAUUGCCGCUGCCGUCACCAUUACUACCACCAUCAUCAUCAGCAGCAUCAUCCUCAUUUACCCUACAUGUCUUCCCCUAACUUCAUUCUACCUCUUUAUUUAUACCUAAUGAACCCACACCGGGUUGAUUCAUUUCAAUGAGUUGCAAGUGCCGAAGAAGCCAUGACCACCAAUCCCGUCCACAUGUAUUUAUCACACCAGAUCUGAUCAUUUUUCUCUUGUCAUAUAUUCUCUGUGUCACCUUUUAAUACCUCCCUUUCUUGCUUCUGAUCCUACAUGUAUUAUUAGAAACUUAUUUCUUGUCUUCUUGCUCCAAAACUACUACCUGUAUCUUCUAGAUUCUGUAUAUACGAUAGAAUUGAUCGAUCAUCUUCUUUCCG